AUGACUCAAUCAACGGGCAACGUCGCCAUCCUUGGCGCUGGUAGCGAAGCCACCAAGCUUAUUCUCACUGAAGAGGCAGUCAAGUUUCUGGCAAUUAUCCACCGCAGUUUUGAGCCUACUCGCAGGAAACUCUUGAAGUUGAGGGAACAGCGCCAGAUCGAGACCGAUCAGGGCAGGUUACCCGACUUCCUCCCCGAAACCAAGCACAUCCGCGAUGACAACAACUGGAAGGGCGCUGCGCCAGCGCCCGGUCUUGUUGACCGCAGAGUUGAAAUUACUGGACCCACAGACCGCAAGAUGGUUGUGAAUGCACUCAACUCUGACGUUUGGGCUUAUAUGGCGGAUUUUGAAGACUCAAAUGGACCUACCUGGGACAACAUGGUUCAGGGCCAGGCAAACUUGUACGAUGCUAUCCGUCGUCAGGUUGACUUCAAGUUGGGCGAGAAAGAGUACAAGCUCAGAACUGAUCGCACUUUGCCCACUUUGAUUUGCCGAACGCGCGGUUGGCAUCUGGAUGAGAAGCAUUUCACCGUUGACGGAGAUGCUAUGUCUGGAGCUCUCUUCGAUUUCGGCCUGUAUUUCUUCCACAACGCCAAGGAAUUGAUUUCAAGAGGAACUGGUCCUUACUUUUACUUGCCGAAAAUGGAGUCGCAUCUCGAGGCCAGGUUGUGGAACGACGUUUUCAACAUGGCUCAAGAUUACAUCGGCAUUCCCCGGGGAACAAUCAGAGCCACUGUUUUGAUUGAGACUAUCAGUGCGGCUUUUGAGAUGGAUGAGAUCAUCUACGAGCUUAGAGACCACAGCUCCGGCCUCAACUGCGGCAGAUGGGAUUACAUCUUCACCUUCAUCAAGCGCUUCCGUAACCGCCCCGGCUUCAUCCUCCCCGAUCGCGCCGACGUCACCAUGACCGUCCCCUUUAUGGACGCCUACGUCAAGCUCCUGAUUAGCACCUGUCACCGUCGCGGCGUUCACGCAAUGGGCGGCAUGGCUGCCCUCAUCCCGCGCAAGGACGACCCCGCUGCUAACGCGAAGGCCAUGGAGAGCGUCCGCGCGGACAAGCUUCGCGAAGUCAAGGCGGGUCACGACGGCACCUGGGUUGCGCACCCCGCGCUUGCGUCCAUCGCGAGCGAAGUCUUCAACGAGCACAUGCCCACGGCCAACCAGAUCUUCGUCAGGCCAGAGGUGAACGUUACGAGGGACGACUUGCUUAACUCGGUUGUUCCUGGAAAGAUCACGGAUGACGGUGUGAAGAAGAACUUGCACAUUUGCCUGGCUUAUAUGGAGGGCUGGCUGCGCGGUGUUGGUUGCAGCGCCAUCAACUACUUGAUGGAGGAUGCUGCUACUGCCGAAGUGUCCCGAACACAAUUGUGGCAAUGGGUCAAGCACGGCGUGAGCACCGCUGAAGGAACCAAGCUCGACAAGACCUACGUGCUCGGCACCCUCGACCAACUCACAAAAGAGCUGGCUGCUUCUGCGCCUGCGAACAACAAGUUUGAGCUCGCUGCCAAGUACUUGAGGCCGCAAGUAACAGGCGAAGAUUAUGCCAGUUUCGUCACAACUCUUUUGUACGAUGAGAUUACCUCAAUCUCUCCCUCGGGAAAGUUGUAA